GAAUCUUGAAUAAUUUUUUUUGAUCCAAAUUAUUCCUACCUUUUUUAUACACAUUAACUUUUUUUUUUAUUAUUAAAUGAAUAAGAAUAAGCUUUCUAUAAAUACAAACUGUAGCAACACGUUGACUGAUAGUGUUACUGAUUGGGAAUAUGAUGAUCAAGAUGAUAUAUAUUCACCUCCUUUAUCCCCUCCACCUCCUCAUUUAAUUUACUUUCCAGAGAAUUAUGCAGGCAACAAGUCUUGGCAGCAGAAUAGUAACCAUGCACCCCAACGAGACCCUUAUGGUAAAAGAAGCAAUUACCCAGAAGAAAGUAAGAAUACGAGAUAUGCUGGUUUAAUAAGGAGACAAAUAUACACAGUUGCCAAGAUUUCAACCAAGCUUAUAUUUCAGAAUAACAAUUUACUCCUGAUUGCAAAUAUUGUCAACAAACUAUGGAGAGCGAGAGAAAGUUUUAUCAAACCGGCUUUGCAUAUCACAAAUUAUCUUCGGUUCAUCAUGAAAAACGGUGGUUAUAAAAAUUUAUUACGCUAUACCAUGCACUUUGUACAGUAUCAUUUUUCAAAGCAACAACAUCAUCAUCAUCAAUCUUCGUUGGUGCAUAAUUCUAGUCCGGCAACAACAAUGAUUUUAGUGCUGGCUACUAUGAGUCAUUUAUUAGUUGUUUUGAAAAAGGUCGGAUUGAAAUGGGCAUCCAAAACGAUACGUAAUAUGGGUGGUUUGGAUUCGAUUGUCAUGGCAGUCAGUGCAAUUGCAUUUGCAAAAUCUAUCCAAAGUUCGGGUCGUGUGUUCUAAAUAAAUUUUAAUUUAACUUUUUGAAA